AUACCCUUCAUUCCACUUCUAACUAAACACACUCUUUACUUCUAGCUUUGCCAAUUUUCAUAGCAAUGGCAAAGCUAUUCCAUUUCCUUCCUCUUUUCUGCCUCAACCUAUUCUUCAUUGUCACACUCUUUCAAACUGUUUCAUCUCAAACAGCUACAUCUCCAGCCCCAUCAGGACCAACAAACAUAACACAAGUCCUAGAAAAAGCAGGACAGUUCACAACAUUCAUCAAGCUACUUAAGGCGACACAAGUAUCCGACCGUAUCAAUUCGCAGCUCAACAAUUCAAACCAAGGCCUAACGAUUUUCGCACCAACAGAUAAUGCAUUCUCGAGCCUAAAAUCCGGAACAUUAAACUCGAUAAGUACACAAAACCAGCUUCAACUUUUGCAGUUUCAUAUUCUACCUACACUUUACACAAUCUCGCAGUUUCAAACUGCUAGUAACCCCUUACACACGCAAGCUGGAAACAGUGAUGAUGGAGAGUAUCCUCUUAAUGUUACUACUUCUGGAAAUCAAGUUAAUGUGACUACUGGUGUGGUUGAUACAACUGUUUCUAAUACUAUUUAUAGUGAUAAUCAGCUUGCAGUUUAUCAGGUUGAUCAAGUGCUUCUUCCCAUGGCUCUUUUCGGACAAGCGCCGACGGCUGCUCCGGCUGAGGCGCCUGCACCGAGUAAGCCGGAGAAAAGUGUUCGGGCUUCUGAUGCUCCGAAAGGGUCGAAGGAUAGUCCGGCGGAUGAUUCUAGUGCUGUUGGUUUGAAUGGCUAUGCAGGUGUUACAUUGUUUGCUGCAAAUGUUGUUGUUUCUUAUUUGAUGAUGUAAGUAUUGGGAUGGUGAAUUUUUAUGUUAUUUUCUAUUUUAUUUUCUUUCCUUGAGGUGAAUUUGAGUUUGUUGAUGAUGAAGAUCUCUUGUACUUUUGUUGUGACAAUAUGAAGAAAAUUUUGAGUGUAAUAUAAAUGAUUUUUUAUAUGAUUGAGAUUUGUAAUUUAGAAGUGAA